CAUGAGAUUCUCCAAAUAUCAGAGUUCAAAAGAAGUGAGAAAGGACUGCUCUAACUUGGUUUCACUUUCAAUUUAUCUUAAACUGGCUCUGUACCGCUAAACGUCUGUUCGAGGAAGUGGAUGCUGGGCGGAGCAGUAUAAAACCUCGAGAGGUGUUUUGCUUCUCUUCCACAGACACAGACGCGACGGAGAGCUGACAACCAGCGGCUCGGCAAGUGUCACAAGAAAACUGCCCGUGAGCCCCGCGCUGCGUUACGGAUUCCUGCAGGAUUUCCACCGCGCUCCCCGCAGCCUCCACGCGUCAGGAUUUACAGACACGCGGGUCUUUAAACGCCGCUGAUGUUGCAACAAAACGGAUGACAGUGGGGUGGUUAGAGAUGGGAGAGGGUCUGGGGCCUCUCUCCCCUGUAGGAUGGUAGCCGACAGCACAGUGGAAGGCCACGACAAGACUCAAUUGUCAAGCUUAUCGUCAUCGUCGUCGUCGUCAUCAUCAUCAGCAUCGUCAUCAUCAUCAUCAUCAUCAUCCUUCUCCUCAUCAUCAUCAUUGUCUUCAUCAUCAUCACUCCGCAAAGAGUCAGAGCACCUUCAGCUUCCGGCCGCUCCAGAGCCAAGCCCGAGAUUAGCGUCCGUCCCCUCUGUGUAUCUGACCCACUUCCGUACUUUCUCCUGCAAGGAGGACUGCAGGAUCAUCACAGACACCGCCGCCAAGCUCGAACGCAGCGGCUUCUACUGGGGCCCCCUGGGGGUGGAGGACGCCCAUCACAUGCUGCGGGACGCACCGCUGGGCAGCUAUCUCAUCCGAGACAGUCGACAGAAAGACAUCUUCUUCACACUGUCCUACCACGCCAAGAGCGGGCCGGUCAGUGUGCGCAUCGACUACAAGCAGAAAAAGUUCUCAUUGGCGGGCAACGAGCGCUCGUUCCAAACGCUCUUUGCCCUGUUGGAGCAUUACAUCAACUCCCCCAAAAAGAGCCUCAGCAUCCCAUACAGGAAAUGGAAGCCAACUUUGCAGGAAUUGUGCAGGAAGCGGAUCAUGGAGCUGUGCGAGGGAGGAAGUCUGGUGUCAGAGCUUCCAAUCACACACGUGGUCCAAGACUUCCUGUUGGAAUUCCCUUUCAAAUUAUGAGCAAUUUGUUGUGUAACAUUGUAACAGUACUGAUUUUAAUCUCAAGACAGCUGUAUCUACCAAACCCCAGUAAACUGGAGGCAAAGCCUGUCUGCUGUGUGUUGAUGGUGACAACUGCAUUUCCAUGGUUACACAUUCAUUCAUCUCCAGGAGAGGCGGCCUCCAGCUGGACAGGGUCCAUGCAUGAAAUUUCAACAUGCGCUACCUGUCGAGAAUCCACUUGCACAUUGAGCACAGAGCAACUUCUGCUCUUGAGGAAGCAUGAAAAGUUGGAAAAAACUGCAUUAAGAGAAACCGCCGGACAGAAUGGAGCCGUUACGGACACACAAGAACCGGUGGGCUCAACUGUGACCGUCCUACUGGAAAGUGUAACGUCUGCUGUUGCACAUUUGUGGCCACCAGAACCUCCCAACUGUUUAAAAGUGGACUGUGGAAAGACAUUAAGAGCAUCAACAGUGUGGACCGGUAGAAAUGCUUUGUCAUAUUUGAGGGUACGAUUGAAACUGUCAUGGCGGUGAUGGGAUUUAUUCUUGUAGCAGAUUCAAGAACUCUAAUGUUAUUGAAUGUUUACAUCACAUGUGAAUGUUUGCCAGCACUGAGGUCUGGUGUCAAGUUGUACUGUAUGUGGAGGUCUCUCCCCUCCUGAACAAUUGUCUCUGCCGGGCAGAUAAAUAGGUGUUUAUAGAGUCAAACAUAUAUAAAUGUAUUGAUCAUCACAGGGUUUUCCAUUGAUAUAAUAUUUUUUCAUUUAACAUAUUUAAAAAAAAUAAAACGACUGACUUUAAACUGA